AGGAGGAGCAUUGUUGACAUCUCCUAAUGGCCCGGGUUACCAUAUAAUGCUGCCUUUCAUCACCUCAUAUAGAUCAGUGCAGACUACUCUGCAAACAGAUGAAAUAAAAAAUGUGCCUUGUGGAACCAGUGGGGGUGUCAUGAUCUAUUUUGACAGAAUUGAAGUGGUCAACAUGUUGGUUCCAUCAGCAGUGGUGGACAUAGUGAAGAACUACACUGCAGAUUAUGACAAGACGGUAAUCUUCAACAAAAUUCACCAUGAGUUAAACCAGUUCU